AUGUGGCAUCGAUACGCUGUUCUGCUUCUAUUAAUAUUCACAUUUGGUGAUAGUUACUCGGAAACGAAAUUCAAUGUAUCUGGCGCCCAACCAUCCGCAACCAACCCUAUCGGAAAUCCCGCUUUUCCAGGAACCACGACGUCUGGCGGUAAUAAUUACGUGGGAUUUCUUAUCUCAGAGCACGAAGGCACCUUUGACUAUGAUCUCGCAUACUCAGGAGCGACUAUUGACGAUGCACUCGUUGCGGGUUACAUAGAUUCAGUGCUGUCAUUCAUCGAGCAAAAUGAAGAGUUCGCAAGCUACUAUACUGGUUCAAACCCGAUUGCCGCCUGGCAGCCGGAUUCUACAUUGUUUACUACAUGGUUCGGAGUCAACGAUAUCGACCGUGGAUACUUCCCGGGGAAUUGGACAACCUUGAGGCCGAAGCUUCUUGACCGAUACUUUGAGGCGGUGGAAGAGCUGUACGAACUUGGGGCGCGCAACUUUGCUUUCCUCUCGGUCCCACCGAUAGAGAAAACUCCUGACGUGCUGUCAAAAAAUGCCACUGUCCAAGAAGGAUAUAGAACUGCAGUGGAAAGCUUUAAUUCUUUACUGCAGAGUAAGCAUGAGGAUUUUGCGACUGCACAUCCCCAGGCGAAAACUUGGCUGCUAGAGACUGGACCUCUGUUCAACCAAGCGCUCAAUGAUCCACAAGCAUUCGGAGCGCCCGACGCUGUCUGCUACAACAGUGAUGGAAUCAGUUGUUUGUGGUGGAAUGGUUUCCAUCCGGGCCAGGCGAUACAUAAACUCCUAGCAGAAGCUUUGAGGGAUCUCGUCGAAAGUUGA